CACACACUUCUGCCUUUUUCUUCGCUGCUUCAGUCUUUCACUUACCCCUAUAUAUAAACACGUUUUGCACCUAAAGACACCAUCACUUCUUCUGUAAAAUGGGCUGUUUAUCUACUUUGCUUCUGCUAUCUUUUCUUGCCUUUUCUUAUUUCUCCAGUGCAGAAAUCUCAUCUCAAGUAGGAAUAUGUUAUGGACAACUUGGAAACAACCUCCCUAUUCCAACAAAAUCAGUUGACUUAAUCAAAAGUCUCAAAGCCAAAAGAGUCAAGAUCUAUGACACAAAUCCUGAAAUCCUUAAAGCUCUUAAAAACACCGACCUUCAAAUUUCAGUCAUGGUACCAAAUGAACUCAUCAACAACAUCUCUACAAAUCAAACCUUAGCUGACCAAUGGGUUAAAACAAAUGUUUUACCAUUUUAUCCGGACACUUUGAUUCGUUACCUCCUUGUCGGUAACGAAAUCCUUAGUAGCCCACCUAACACCACUUGGUUCAACCUUGUACCUGCCAUACGUAAAAUUAGAUGUUCUGUUAAAAAAUUUGGUCUAGGAAAAAUUAAAGUUGGUACACCAUUAGCUAUUGAUAUGCUUGAAUCUUCUUUUCCACCUUCUAAUGGUACAUUUAGGUCUGACAUUUCUGAAAAAGUCAUGGUACCAUUGUUACAUUUCUUGAAUAAAACCAAAUCUUUCUUUUUUAUUGAUGUUUAUCCUUAUUUUGCUUGGGCAGCUCAACCCAAUGUAAUUAAUCUUGACUAUGCUUUAUUAGAGUCCAAGAAUGUUACUGUAACGGAUCCGGGUUCGGGUUUGAUAUAUACAAAUUUAUUGGACCAAAUGAUUGAUGCAGUUUAUUUUGCUAUGAAGAGAGUGGGCUACCCGGAUGUUCGGUUAUUUAUUGCAGAAACGGGUUGGCCCAAUGCUGGUGGGAUGGAUCAAAUUGGAGCGAACAUAUUCAAUGCAGCAACGUACAACCGAAAUGUUGUCAAGAAGUUUACAGCUAAGCCACCUGUGGGGACACCAGCAAAACCGGGAGUUGUUGUGCCUACAUUAUUAUUUGCUUUGUAUAAUGAGAACAAUAAACCGGGUCCGGGUACGGAACGGCAUUUCGGGUUAUUAUACCCGAAUGGAACGAAUGUAUACGGUAUAGACUUAUCGGGAAAGACGUCUGAGUCUGAAUAUACGCUUUUGCCUAGGCCGACGAACAAUGAGCCGUAUAAGGGGAAAUUAUGGUGUGUUGUUGGGAGAAAAGCCAAUGUAUCAGAGAUUGUUGGAGCAUUGACAUAUGCAUGUGGGCAGGGCAAUCGGACCUGUGAUGAGAUCCAACCCGGUGGGAAAUGUUAUAAACCAGAUUCUUUGGUGUUACAUGCCAAUUACGCAUUCAGUUCUUAUUGGGCUCAGUUUAAGUCAUUGGGAGGAACCUGUUCUUUCAAUGGGCUUACCAUUCCAACCAAAAGAGAUCCAAGUUACGGAUCGUGCAAGUUCCCAAGCGUCACACUUUGAAAAUGGGUGGCACGUUUUGCUAGGAAGGUCAAUGGAAGCUACGGUGGCAGAUACAUUUCAAUGAGACAAAGCCACGCCUUCUUUUGUAUACGUUAGAAUACAGUUGUACACAGAAUUGUCUGAUGUCGAAUCAGAAAAUGGUUGUUUUAUUCUUA